AUGGCCUCGGUCGCUCGCCGAUUGGCAAAUCAAGCGCUCCCACAGAUGAUGCGUGCCGUCACUAUUGACAAUGGUGUGGGCCCGUCGAGUGCGCUUCGCAUCAGCCAGGUGCCUGUACCGGCACUGGAAGCAUCUACGCAUGACAACUCGCUCCUCGUCAAAGUCAAGGCAUUUGCUCUCAACCGCCUGGACUUGAUGCAGCGCGAAGGCAAUUAUCCAGUCCCGCCGGGUGCUAGUAAGAUCCUUGGCGUGGAGUUUUCUGGUGAGGUCGUUGAUGUCGGCGCCAACGUGCGCGCCCACCGCGUGGGCGAUCCAGUCAUGGGCCUGUGCGCGGGGGGCACGUACGCAGAGUAUGUGCGCGUGCCUGCCAGCCUUACGCUAAGAAAGAUGGAUGAACUUAGCUGGGAGCAGGCAGCGUCGAUCCCCGAAGCCUACCUGACGGCUUUUCAGGCACUGCAAGUGCUCAACGAGCAGCAACCCGGUGAUCAUGUCUUGGUGCAUGCAGGCGCAAGCGGUGUUGGACUGGCAGCGAUUCAGCUGGCGCGCCUUCUUGGUGCCGAAAAGGUGUACGUUACGGCCGGUACACCUGAGAAAAUUGAGGUGUGUAAGUCACUGGGGGCAACCGAUGGGUUCAACUACAAGGAGACAGACUGGUACGAGGCAUUGAUGCACGCGACAGAGCAGCGUGGCGUCGAUGUGAUCCUCGAUUUUAUUGGUGCUCCUUACUUUGAAAAGAACCUGAAAGCACUGCGCCGCGACGGCCGUCUAUCGCUGCAAGCAAUGAUGGGUGGCGCCGAACUGCCAGAAGGUGCAAAGCUCGCCCGUCUGCUCACGCACCGCCUGCGAGUAACCGGCAGCACGCUGCGCAGCCGCUCACUGGAAUACCAGGGGAAACUCGUGGAGCAAUUUGUACAGAGCGGCGCUCUGGCAGCGCUCGCGCGCGGCGCCGAUGGAUCGACGGGACCUGAUCGACUGGGGUUGGUGCUGCACCGCAUUUACGACUGGAACGACAUCCGUUUGGCGCAUGACGAGAUGGCUGCGAACAAGAAUAUCGGUAAAAUUGUAGCUACCGUGGUGUAA